GCUGAUUUCUCGAGCAUCAAUAAUCAGUGACAAUGAAUUCAAGGGAGAUAAUGUUGCUACUUCCUGUUUAUGCAGUUGUCAAAAAUAUUCAUUUCUGACAUGGAAAUCAACGCACCAGAUGAAGUUGAGGGUAACACAGACACACCCGAAGCCGAGGAUGAGCUGGUAGCUGUUAUGAACGACAUAAUUGAUGAUGUUACCUUGGGGCUGUGUUUUGAAGUGCACAGAUCUAGUAAACUUGGAACAUUAUUUCUAGGUGAUACCGACCCCCAAUCACAGAUUGAGCAUGCUUUAGUUGAUCGGCCAGGCGUUGAUGUAUUUGGAAACCCACCCGCAAAGAAACAAUUGGAAUGUGUGUGUCCUAACUGCCAGAGAAACCUUGCUGCAUCAAGAUUUGCUCCUCAUCUAGAGAAAUGUAUGGGAAUGGGUAGAAAUAGUUCUAGAAUUGCUAGUCGGAGGUCACAGAAGGUGCUCAAAGACAGUGAUAGACUGGGUCAAGAUUCAUUAAAACAUGAGAGUGGAGAGAGUGAAGAUGACUAUAAUGAUGCAGACUGGUCCAUGUAUCCUGAUAAAAAAAUUAAAAGAUUAAGGAAAGAGAAAAGAAGUAAUUCUCCAAGAAGACAUAAAACCUCACGUUUGAAAAAUGGGUCAUCAUUAACAGAUGGAAGUUUACAACUACCAGACAUGACAUAUAAACAAGAGAGGGCAGACACACCAGACUCUUUAGGAGGGUACGAGUACAUGACAUUAGAGGAAAAGAAGACUUUACUUAUGUCUACAUGUGGUGUAAUUUCUGGUCAUACAAAGAAGAUGUGUACAAGGUCUCAUAAAUGUCCACAACAUUCAGAAGAUCAGAGACGUCAGGUCAGGCACUAUCUGUUAGGAACAGGGUUACAUGGUGAUGAUGAUGAUAACGUAGAUAUAGACACAUAUGUAGAUGGUGAUAGUCAGUCAUUACGAGAAUCUCUACAGUGGGAAGCUGCCUCUAACACUUCAUCACCCACUGACUCUACUUCUACAAACAACAGUAAUAGUAAUUCUCACUCAAGUUCUAGAAAACGUCAUGGAAAAAGUAGUUCCAAGUCAUCAAAGAAAAGAAAACUGGCAAAAUCUCAUUCUUAUCAUAACUCUGUUGUGUCAAAUACUCAAUUACCCAGCAUGUAUGAAUUUGAUUGAUGUAUGCAUAUAGUAAGGAAUAGUUUAUUUAUUAAAUAUUAAACUAUAUAGUGAAUAUAUAAUUAUAAAUGUUUUAUGUUGUCAAAGACAAGGCAUAGACGUAUAAAAGAAAGCUAUUGUUAGUAUAUAUUUUGUGAAAAUCUUGAAAUUAUAAAUAAAAUAUUUCAAGAAAUUGCAUGUAGAAUCUGUGUUCAUAUGUAACUGUGGAGUGAUUGUGGACUUAAAAUAUCUUGCCUUUCUCCCCUAUGGGUUGAUAAAAUGAUGGGGAAGUUACGUUAAUUUCCCCCAAUUGACUUCUACUGUGUCAGAAGGGAUUAAAAUUGUUGUAACCAAAAUAGAAAUACUAAUACAUUGUGUAAUAUCAUGGCUAUAAUUCCACUGCUGAAUAGUUUAAUAAAUCUGAAGUAAUUUCAAAUAAAGCAUGCCAAGGUUCACUUUUGACUUCCCAGUUGUUUGCCAUUUAAUGUAUUGUGGUUCAUCAGUAAACUGCUUUUAUUUUGUACCAUACAAAGUAAAUUGGUCCUUAUUGGAACAUAAAAAACCCAUAUAAACUCAGAAGUUUUGGACGGCAAACAAUUUGGACUUUUGCUGUAUUUUAUCUAGUUAUGUAGACACAGCAUUUAUAUUAUCUUAGCUGUGAAAGUCUGAAGAUUGGUGGUUCUAUCCUGGAGUACUUGCUACUUUAUGAAAAAAUGUAUAGAGAUAUGCCAUUAUCUACCAAUAAACCUGGAAAGUAGCCAUAUAUCAAACUAAGAAGAUAUGAGCCGCGCCAUGACAAAACCAACAUAAUGGGUUUGCGACCAGCAUGGAUCCAGACCAGCCUGCGCAUCCGCGCAGUCUGAUCAGGAUCCAUGCUGUUCGCUAUCAGUUUCUCUACUUGUAAUAGGGUUUGUAAGCAGACAGCAUGGAUCCUGAUCAGACUGAACCCAUUAUGUUGGUUUUGUCAUGACGCGGCUCAUAUAUAUUCAAUACGGGACCAGUAUUGUAUAAAUGUUCGUGUAGUAGUUGUCUCAAAAUAUCAUUUUGUCGGGUUUUUUUUUUACAAAGGGGUCAGUUAUUAUGUGUAACACAGAUUGUCAAACUAUGACAAUGACUUAAGUCCACUAUUAUAUAUAAAUAUAAAAGACUGUCUCAAAGUGACCAGUGUGAAGUACUUCUGAGAAGCAAUAAGUCAGUUUAAUGUCAAGAGUCUACAGUUUUUGUAAAAGCAAUGCAGAGGUGAUAAGAUUUUUUUCCCCUCCAUUUUUCUAUAAAUCUAUCAACUUUUCAAGUAUAAAACAUGUUAGUGAUUCUCCAGAAGUGAUUGCUCCCACCUGUAAUACAUGUUUGGAGGCACACCUUGUAUUUCAUAAACAAGGGAAUGCAUAAAACUCAAUUGAAAUAGGCAUGCACAUAUAAUAGUUAUCAUAUUAAAACAUUCAUCCUGCUUCUAAUUUUAGUCAAUCUA